CUUCAUUUCAUCAUUCAAGAAUUUCUACUUUUCCUAUAUCACCAUUAUUCGUAGAGGAGUUUACUUUGCUCGAUGCUGUACGUAAUAAAGGCUAGCUCGCAAGAGAAUAUUUUACUGUUCAAUCAGCUGAUAUGCAAGAAAGUAUUUUCCUGCCUGAUUCGCUGUUCAUAUGUGUGCCUAAACCAGCCUAAAGUGGUUUAUGAAUUCCUCAACAGCGUGGUAGCAUUGCAUAGAAACCGUAGAUAAAAACGUGAUGAAAUAAUGCUUGAAAUGAAUCGGAUACGAAUUUGAAAUCAGCAAUUAUACCAAGAGGAUGACGACUAAUAAAGAAUCUACACAUGACGGCCUUUUGAAAAGGCUUGUCAAAAGUGAUGAAAAGGAGGUUGUGAAAUGCCGGACUAGUGCGGAUAAUAUUGAAGGGCAUAAAUUACGACACGGCACGGACAGUUUUCCAAAUAUUAAUGCAAGACCGGUUGACGAUAUAUCAAUCGAAUUUUUUUACAAACCCCACAGCAUUACAUUGCUUCUUAUUGCAAUCGGAGCUGUAAUAUAUUUUGCCUUUACUAGGAACACUACCAAUGUUGAGGACAAUAUUUGGGCUGGAAUUCUCUCCAUCAUAUUUUUUUUUCUUAUCAUAUCAAUACUCACAUUUCCAAAUGGACCAUUUACGAGACCUCAUCCAGUUGUUUGGAGACUUGUGUUUGGCUGUAGUGUACUAUACUUAAUGGGGCUGUUAUUUAUGUUAUUUCAAGAUUAUGAAACAGUCAGAAAGAUCUUUGUUUGGAUAGAUCCUGACUUGGCAUCAUUUCACAUUGAUAUGGACAAAGAAUAUGGUGUUAAUUGUUCUGAUAUUACAUUAGAGAAGAUAUGGAACCAUUUAGAUGUUUUUGCAGCAGCCCAUUUCUUAGGGUGGACGUUUAAAGCGAUAUUAAUUCGUCAUUUUGGUAUUCUUUGGGCCAUCAGUUUAAUGUGGGAAGUAACAGAAAUAGCAUUUGCUCAUUUACUACCAAACUUUGUGGAAUGUUGGUGGGAUGCUUUUAUACUUGAUGUGGUUGUCUGUAAUGGUUUGGGUAUCUGGGUAGGAUUAAAAAUUUGUUCUCUUUUGGAAAUGCGAGAAUAUAAAUGGGUAAGCAUCCUUGACAUUGAAAGUACUACUGGAAAAUUGAAGAGAGCAAUGCUACAAUUUACUCCUGGUAGUUGGACUGCUGUUAGAUGGUUGGAUCCAACAUGUACAUACAUGAGAUUUGUUGCUCUAAGUCAGUUGGUUAUUUUCUGGCAGGUUUCAGAGCUAAAUACAUUUUUCUUGAAGCAUGUUUACGAAUUCCCACCUUCUCAUCCAUUUGUUGUAGCAAGAUUGAUACUCAUUGGAGUAAUUGUUGCACCAUCUGUUAGGCAGUACUAUUUGUAUGUAACAGAUCCAACAUGUAGUAGAGUAGGGACUCAAUGUUGGGUUUAUGGUGCAAUCAUGGUUACAGAGGCUUUACUAUGUAUCAGGCAUGGUGCUGCAUUAUUUGAACGUACUCAGGCAUUAAAUAUUCUUUUAUGGCUACUGUGCCAGUCUCUAGUCUCAGUUCUUUGUGUCUAUGGCUGUGUUCUGUGGCAUCAGUACUUUGAGACGGAAAAGAAAGUUACUUCAAAACAGUCUAUUACUCAACUAGACAACAGCCAUCUGGAUAUAAUUCCUAGCAGUGGGAGUAUGGCUGAUUCUACAAAAUCUAUGGACUCGCUGGAAAAGAAGAAACUGUGAACGGGUUCAGAAUAAAAAAUGACCAACUUAAGGGUGAAUUAUUUAUUAAACUUUCUAGUCGCAUCAUAAGAGCAUACACUGAAGACUAUUUGAACUUAGUAAGUUACUGACGAAUGUAUGAGCUCUUUUGAACUUUGGAUACCGCGUCUGUUUGUGUGUGAAUAUUAUUGAAAAAAAAUCUUGUUCCUGAGAAUAAAUGAAGAGCGUCGUUACCACUUAAUUAUGCUUCCUUACAAAGUAUUGGUCGCUGCAUUGUUUACGUGUUACAAUUAAUUCAGUUACACUGAAGAUAUGGAAAUGGAGUGCAUGUAUAACUUGGCAUUAUCUGUGAACCUUCCGGACAGUCCCAAGCUUUACCAAGGAGCUUGUUAUUGGACGCCGAGACAAAGAUGCGAAUUCGGCUUGGUAAUUGUUCGUUCUCGUACAGUGAUAUAUACGAUGAUGUAAGUGGUGACUUUGUACAAUGCAUCUAUAAAAAGAAAAAAAGGAAUCGUGAUUGUAAACUAUUAUAUACUACUAUUAUCAUAACAAUAUUAUAGUUUUAUUUAAAAUAUCAAUGCCAUAAAUAUUACUGUAAUAAGAGUACCUGAGCGUAGGUGAGAUAGAAUAACUGAUCGAACUUAAGUUUAAGCCACGGAAGAUGAACUUCCUCGGGAGAUCUCAGUCGACCCAAAGUAUCGUAGGCCAAUCUGAGCCCCAUUGCUUCGGAUAGGCGUUCGUUUAGACUCAAUUGCAAAAUCUAAAAUGCGUUGAAAAAAAAAA